CAGGCAAUUAAAAAUAGGAUACAUAAAAAGACAAAUAUGAUUAAUAAAGGUACUUUUGAGGAAAGUAAAAUGAAGCUGAUGUUUGGACCUCCUCUUUUCCAUUUGCUCCUGUGCUGUGCAACACAGACAUUAGGUGUCCGUAUUGAGUCUGCCCCAGCCUUCAACAGUGAGGGGGUUAUACAGACAGAGCUGGAGAAGACUGUGACUCUGCUUUGUCAGCCUGAGGGUGGACAUGAGACGGAAGAGGAGCUGAUGUGGUUGAGGAACGAUGCUGCAAUCAGUCUUAAGGAAGGAAACACCAAGGGUAGCAGCAAAGUGUGCGUUACGCCCGUCCUCUCCGAAGACAAUGGUGCUACUUUCACCUUUCGCCUCAGGGAAAACGCCACAGUCAGCGCCUCAAUCACCCUGGAUGUCACAUUCCCCCCUCGGCUCUCUGGUUCAGAAGAGGUCACAGUGGAGGAGGAGGAAGUUCUGGUCCUGCUCUGUGAUAUCCAUGCCAAUCCACAGGUCUCAUCUGUGUCCUGGAUGCUGAAUGGAAGUACAGUUGAUCUACUUGAAGGCGGCUUCACAAUAACCAAUGAUGGGCUGUCCACUGGCAGAGUGGAUCGAAGCUUACAUCAAGGCACCUAUCAGUGCACAGCAAACUCUGCCAUGUAUGGCGAAUAAACAAAAGUCUUCUCUGUCACAGCAACAGAAAGAACCAUUAAGUUCCCAAUGAUGCCCAUCAUAGCAGGAGUGGUGGUGGUGUUCCUCACUGCACUUCUUGCUGUUGCUUCACGAUGGAGAAAAAUUGCACAGUGCUGCAAGUAG